AUGGUGAAGGUAACACCCGACCUUGUACUGGCUGGACCACUGGUCAGCGUCACACCCAGACCACUGGCCAACGUCACACCCAGACCACUGGCCAACGUCACACCCAGACGACUUGAAGCGUUAGACACCAGACGACUGGCCAACGUCACACCCAGACCACUGGUCAACGUCACACCCAGACAACUUGAAAGCUUUAGACACCAGACGAGUGGCCAACAUCACACCCAGACCACUGGCCAACACAGUGGAGACAGGAUAGUCACAGUUCUAUGUGCCACCUCAGGUCUGACUGACAGAACGUAUUGGAUUGACGUGAGUGACCAAGACUCUGAGGGGGACUGGCGCACUUCCUCAGGUCUGUCUAUACCCAUGGGUACACCAUUCUGGAAGGCGGAUACUGAAUUCCAGGAGCCAAAUAACGUUAAAAAUUAUGAAAAUUGCUUGGAGAUGAACAAUAAAUAUUCAUUUUUCAUGAAUGAUAUUGGCUGCUCUGAUCUGUUGUCGCUAAUAUGUGAACAACCACCACAAGAUACUGCAAACCACAACAUGACAGCAGUAGCAGCAGUGCCAGAGGUGCAGGACUAUCCCUCCUUUGUGAGUGUGGGCGGCCUCUGUCUCUCCUUCAUGACGUGGGUGGAAGAGUCGUGGGAGGAGUCACGUCAGGCUUGUCAUGGCUUGUCAGGGGAGCUGGCUGCUGUUACUGACAUUGAACAACUGAGAGCUAUAUACCUGUACCUGCACCAGGAAGGGAUCGCUGGUCAUUCCUUCUGGCUGGGAGGCUCCGACACGGCCCAGGAGGGCGUCUGGUUGUGGACUGACGGUCAACGCGUCCCUAUGGGGGCACCGUUCUGGGGCUACGUGAAGUCAUAUGUGUUGGAGCCACAAGGUGGAAGAGCUGAGAACUGUCUUCUGUUGAGCUAUGACGGCUUCCACUACUUCCGUGACUAUUCCUGUAGCCUGCUGAGGACCCCACUGUGUAUGUAUGCCCAGUAGCUGCUGGUGGAGCCUGGUGACCCAUGGUGACCCUUAGUAGCCUCAUGGUGAUCCCUGGUGACCAAUGGUGACCCUCUAAUAACCUCAGUGAGUAUUUCUUCAGUAGCUGCUGACCACAAUAACACAGCCGAAGUGUGGCAGCUCUCACACUUGACGAGUUUAUAAGAUGCUGCGAAAACUUUCUUUGUAAUGUAUGAGAAUAUUGAAAGAAUAAACAGCAACACAAA